GACAAGUUUUGGGGCAAAGAAAGAGAGAGGGAACGAAGAGGAACGAGUGAUUGUGUGUGUGGGGAUAAAGGAGUAACAACUGGAAUUUUUCCACCACGACACCGUGAGAUUGACUGAAGAUGUCUGAUAAUGGGGAAGUGGAGGACAAGCCACCAGCACCGCCCAUGAGAAACACCUCCACCAUGAUGGCAGGCUGCGGUAAAGACACAGGCCCCAUAAACCAUGGCUCCAGACCUCUGCCCCCCAACCCAGAGGAUAAGAAGAGCAAGAAGGACCGCUCUAUCCGUGCCAUUCUGACGGGUGGAGGAGACAAGACCAACAAGAAUAAGAAGGAGCGGCCUGAGAUCUCUCUGCCCUCGGAUUUUGAGCACACCAUCCACGUUGGCUUUGACGCUGUCACUGGAGAGUUUACGGGGAUGCCGGAGCAGUGGGCUCGUUUGCUCCAGACCUCCAACAUCACUAAGCUGGAGCAGAAGAAAAACCCCCAGGCCGUACUGGAUGUGCUGAAGUUCUAUGACUCCAAGGAAACAGCUAACAGUCAGAAAUACAUGAGUUUUACAGAUAAAAGUGCAGACAAUUAUAACUCAUCUAGUGCUGUGAACUCCAAAACCGUGUCUGAGAUGCCUGCUGUAGCAACGGUGUCGGAGGAUGAUGACGAAGAUGAGGCCACACCUCCUCCUGUGAUUGCUCCUCGCCCAGAACACACCAAAUCUAUCUACACACGUUCAGUGAUCGAGCCUCUUCCUCCAGCCUCCACCAAAGAUGUCGCUUGCUCGCCCAUUUCCCCUCCCCCCGUCGAGAGCGGCAGCCCCAAAGCCACUCCCUCCACAGCCACGCCCUCUGCCACUGCGCCCCGUGCCGCAGACAAAACACGUAAGAAGACCAAGAUGUCUGAUGAGGAGAUCCUCGAGAAGCUCCGCAGUAUAGUGAGUGUAGGUGACCCUAAAAAGAAGUACACACGUUUUGAGAAGAUUGGCCAAGGAGCUUCUGGGACUGUCUAUACAGCGAUAGACAUUGCCACAGGACAGGAGGUGGCCAUAAAGCAGAUGAAUCUCCAGCAGCAGCCCAAGAAAGAGCUGAUAAUUAAUGAGAUUUUAGUCAUGAGGGAAAACAAGAACCCCAACAUUGUGAAUUACCUGGACAGUUACCUGGUCGGAGAUGAGCUGUGGGUGGUUAUGGAGUACCUGGCGGGAGGUUCUCUGACGGACGUGGUGACGGAGACAUGUAUGGACGAGGCACAAAUUGCUGCUGUGUGUCGUGAAUGUCUACAAGCAUUGGAGUUCCUGCACUCAAACCAGGUUAUCCAUCGUGACAUUAAAAGUGACAACAUUCUGCUGGGGAUGGAUGGUUCUGUUAAACUCACGGAUUUUGGCUUCUGCGCCCAGAUCACGCCAGAGCAGAGUAAGAGGAGUACCAUGGUGGGCACACCCUACUGGAUGGCCCCAGAGGUGGUGACCCGGAAAGCCUACGGUCCUAAAGUGGACAUCUGGUCUCUAGGCAUUAUGGCUAUUGAGAUGAUAGAAGGCGAACCACCGUACCUCAACGAAAACCCACUGAGGGCACUGUAUCUCAUAGCAACCAACGGAACUCCGGAACUGCAGAACCCUGAGAAACUAUCAGCAAUAUUCCGAGACUUCCUUAACCGCUGUCUGGAGAUGGACGUGGAGAAGAGAGGCUCAGCUAAGGAGCUUCUACAGCACCAGUUCCUGAAGAUGGCCAAGCCUCUGUCCAGUCUCACUCCACUGAUCCUGGCCGCUAAGGAAGCAGCCAAGAACAACCGCUAACCUGUCAGAAGAAGCCUUUCCCUUCCAACCUCUCUCUCCUGCCUGCAUCCCCCCAAACCUGCCUCUGUCUGUCUCCUCCCUCUGGGGGAGGGGUCACAUUGUAGGAAUGGCUUUUGAGAGAGUCCUGCCCCCCCCCCCUCCCCAACCCCCACAUCUCUGCCUCUACUGUAAGGGUAACGGGGUGACAGCAGAAAGGUCACAAAGGACACCAAAGAGGCUCGUAUGAUGUGACUUUUAGGAUGAUUUCACUUGAAGGAAGUAGCAGUAGCCUCAGCAUGUCCCCAGGCUCAAAGGAUUAUGGGAGAGCAGUUUGCACAUUUGUCCGGCAGAGAAAAUCCUCCACACUCCUGAUCACAGACUCUCGCUGGGUCUGGGGUUUCCAUUCUGCUUUCUUUUCAGUCUUUUUUUUUUUUCUUUUGGCUUGUUUCUUUUUGCCUGUCUGAAUGUUUGUUUGUAGGUACGUCUAUUCAUGUGCUGUAAUGCAGUUUUUUUGGUUGUUUGUUUUAUUGCAUUUUUAAACAGGUUUUCCAUUGGGUUCGACAGCAGAUUAGUGUAUGUUGCAGUAUGAAACAUGGUACAGUUUUAUGAUGCUGAUUUAGGGGAAAAAAUAGAAUAUUUUCCAGGGAAUGAUGAGGUACUGAGUGGAAAAUGGUACGCAUGUCUAUUUAAAUGAAACAUUAGAGUUAAUAAUGCUGUAAAAGACAAAUUCAUUAUGGUACAUGAACAAUGCUUGUUGAUGAAGCAACUGAAAAAGAAAUGAAAAAGCCCUGUCUACUUUAAUUUUGGGUAAAAAAAAUGGAAUGACAUGUAAAACAAAAGUUGAAACUCCUGACUGAUAUAAACCGUCCUUUUGUCUUGUUUAGUAAAACAAAAAACAAAACAAUGAUGUAUAUUUCUUGUUGACAACAGUUCAGAAAAAAAUGAAUGAAACUUUGUAUAGCAGUGUGUGUACUGUCACAAACAUUGAAUUAAUAUUAAUGUCCAAAAAAAAAAAAAAAAAAAACCCUGAAUGCUUUAAGCAAGUUUCUCUUUUUAAUGUAGCGUUGAUGAACCCUUUGGCCUUAAACUAUUUCACAGGGACAAGAUGAAAUUACACAGAUGGCACAGUUUACUGUCAACUGUCUCUUUGGUUCAGCCUUAGGGAUGGACGGUAAUUAGUCUGAAAGAAAAUCUAUGUAAUACACAAGUCUUGUUCUCCCUGUUUGAGCCAUAAUUUCUUUAUAAGUCAUUUUGAUUAACUGAAAUUCUCAACUUAUGACAAGAUGAAUAAAAGCUGUACA